GAUACCGGCUGACAGUGCAGGAGUCUGUGUCUGUGCCAGAGGGCCUGUGCAUCAGCGUGCCCUGCAACUUCUCCUACCCCAGGGAAGGCUGGAACAACUUUACCCCAGCUUACGGCUAUUGGUUCCAGAAAGGGGCCAAAACAGACUAAGAUGCUCUAGUGGCUACAAACAAGCCAGAUCACAAAGUGCAGGAGGAGACGCAGAGCCGAUUCCACCUCCUCAGGGAUCCUCGGACCUACAACUGCUCCCUGGACAUCAGAGAUGCACAGAGAACGGACACAGGGACAUACUUAUUUACGAUGGAGAGAGGGUCCAAAAUGAUAUAUAAUUACAAAUGGAACCAGUUUUCUGCGAAUGUGACAACUCUGACACAGACACCUGACAGCCACAUCCAUGGAACCCUAGAAUUUGAGCACCACAAGAACAUGACCUGUAUGAUGCCAUGGGCCUGUGAGAGAGGGACGCCCCCCACCUUCUCUUGGAUUAGGGUCAACCUCACCUCCCUGGGUCCCAGAAUUCCUUACUCCUCAGUGGUCACCCUCACUCUGGAGCCCCAGGACCAGGACCAUGACACCAACCUCACCUGUCUAGUGACAUUCCCUGGUAUGAGCACCAAGAGGACCAACCAGCUCAAUGUGACCUAUGCACUCCAGAACCUGACCAUCAGCGUGCUCUGGAAAGAAGGCACAGCCCACCACAGCCCCAUUGCCGCCUACACCAUCGUCAGUGACUCACGACUUCCCAGCCCCUAG